AUGCCUUUCUCCAACGGCGUUGUCAGCAGUGUCAACGGGAAUUCCAAGUUCCUUGACUACAAGAAUGCCGAGGCUGCUCUGAAGGAGUACAGCAACCUCGAUGGCCUGAGCAUCCAGGAGCUCAUGGACUCCAAGGUCCAUGGUGGUCUCACCUACAAUGACUUCCUCCUUCAGCCCGGCUACAUUGGCUUCCCUGCCUCUGAAGUCACCCUUGACUCCCCCGUCACCAAGAGGAUCUCUCUGAGGACUCCUUUCGUCUCGUCGCCCAUGGAUACCGUCACUGAGCACGAGAUGGCCAUCCACAUGGCUCUACAGGGCGGUCUUGGUGUCAUCCACCACAACUGCUCCCCAGAUGCCCAGGCCGAUAUGGUACGCAAGGUCAAGCGGUACGAAAACGGCUUUAUUAUGGAUCCCGUCGUCAUCAAGCGCGACACGACUGUCGGCGAGGCCAAGGCUUUGAAGGAGAAGUGGGGAUUCGGUGGCUUUCCUGUUACUGAGUCUGGCAAGCUCGGCUCCAAGCUGCUGGGUAUCGUGACGAACCGCGAUAUUCAGUUUGAGGAGGACCUGAACCAACCCGUGGCGAAUGUCAUGGUUACCGAUCUUAUCACCGCCCCCUCUGGAGUUGACCUUCCUGCAGCAAACAAGAUUCUGUCCAAGUCGAAGAAGGGCAAGCUGCCUAUCGUUGACAAGUCCGGCAACCUCGUGUCUAUGAUCUCUCGGUCUGAUCUGACCAAGAACUACAACUUCCCUCUGGCCUCUAAGCUGCCGGACUCGAAGCAGCUGCUCUGUGCUGCUGCCAUUGGCACCCGCCCCGAGGACAAGGUCCGCCUGGCCAAGCUGGUCGACGCUGGCCUGGACAUCGUCAUCCUGGACAGCAGCCAGGGUAACAGCAUGUACCAGAUCGAUAUGAUCAAGUGGAUCAAGAAGGAGCACCCUGACCUCGACGUCAUCGGUGGUAACGUGGUGACGAGGGAGCAGGCUGCUUCCUUGAUUGCUGCUGGCGUCGAUGGUCUGCGUAUUGGCAUGGGUAGCGGCAGUGCCUGCAUCACUCAGGAGGUCAUGGCUGUUGGCCGGCCUCAGGCCACUGCUGUAUACAGCGUCAGCUCCUUUGCUGCCAAGUUUGGCGUUCCCUGCAUCGCCGACGGCGGUAUCCAAAACGUUGGCCACAUUGUCAAGGGCCUCGCCCUGGGCGCGUCUACUGUGAUGAUGGGUGGUCUCCUGGCGGGUACCACAGAGUCGCCUGGCACUUCGUUUGUUUCCCGAGAGGGCAAACUGGUGAAGGCGUACCGUGGUAUGGGCAGCAUUGAUGCCAUGCAGGACAAGAAGGCCGGCGGCGGUGGCAAGGACAGCCAGGCCAGCAAUGCUGGAACCGCGCGCUACUUCUCAGAGGGUGACAGCGUCCUCGUUGCUCAGGGUGUCUCGGGUUCCGUUGCUCACCGGGGAUCUAUCGGUCGCUUCCUGCCAUACCUAGCUGCUGGCCUGAAGCACUCCCUCCAGGACUGCGGAAGAGUGAGUCUGCAGGAGCUUCAUGAGUGCGCCCUGAACGGCACUCUGCGGUUUGAGCUCCGAACGGCCAGCGCGCAGCUCGAGGGUGGUGUGAACAUGGAGUCGUACGAGAAGAAGCUCUAUGCAUAG